AUGCAGGGAGGACACCUCCUCAUAUUCAUCCGGGAGGACACUUCCUCACAUUCAAGAUUCGGGCUAUCGCUAACCAGGCCACGCCAAUUGACGCCACUGUCGGCCAGAGCCGUGUCUUCACCCCUGCCAUUUUACCGCGUUUUGACCAUCGUCAAUCGACUUCUCAACUUCCUCAGGAACCCCACGGUCAUGGAGACGCCGCCGGAGCCACCCAAGCGAAUCGUCCGAGUCGCAGCCCAGCUGGGCGACUUGCCCGUAGAGCUUGUCGAGCCUGUUCUCAAAGAUCUUGGUCUGUGGCGUGUUCUCCAGCUGUCCAACACGCCAUUGGCUCUCGAGCCCGAGUCUCGUUUGAGAGGCAUCCUCGAGAAUAGUCGGUCAUGGGGGUCCGUUUUCCGCCUAGGCAACGACCGUCCUCAGCGCAUCUGUGCAUCGCUCAACCACCUCGCAUGGGCCUGGAACCGGCAGGUUGUCCAUCGGGUGGAUUUUCUCGAGAGCUCCAACCUAUUUCUCACGCCCGAUGAGCUUGUACGCAUCCAUGGAUCGAAUUUCGGUCCUCCGGUGAUCAAGGACCUGGAAGUUCGUUUCAUGCGUGGUUUCAGACAGCUGUUGCGUGUUCCUGGCCAUAACGACGAGGAGAUUUCGGGUCUGACAGAGGCGCUCCUGCGUGCCAUAUGUCGCUUCAUACCGUUCGAUGCACUGGAAGCAAUCGAGACCAACAACCACACGGAACUCCUGCAUGCUCUCAGGACACCGGAUGUCGUCAAUGGGAACGACAACAAAUGCACUGUCGCUAAAUUACAUGAUCACGCCCGAGACUGGGACGUACAACAACUUCAGGCCUUCCUCCCGGUUUUUCUAUACGCCUUUAACAGCCUCAAUCAGGCCAAGUCGGAGCAACUUCUGCGCCUGGCUGACCUUUACGACUGGUAUCCCAGAUGGCUCAAGGUUCCCCUUGGACCUCAAGACCCCGCCCCCAGAAAUAAUCUGAACCAUAUCAGCGAUCUUCUGCGAUCUGACGCCCGUCGAAUUGCCUCCCGGAUGGCCCUGUCUCGCCAAGUACCCAGGGACUCGCGGACGAUGAACUGGUAUCGUUUCCGUUUUCCGCACCCAGCACUUAUACCCACGAAUAAGGCACUGCACCUUUUCGCAUUAAGCAGAAACUUAAAGUUUCCUCCUUCACUAACCGAUGAUGUGAGACGAGCAUCGGAUGGCCUGUGGUACAUAUACGAACAAGACGGGAAGAGAGGCCAGGUCCGCUGCGUCCGGGACAAGAAGACACUGAAAGUCCGGCACCGCGUACAUACCGGGGGCAGAUGCGCCGACACAAGCCCUAUAGCGGAACUGGAGUGGCUGGAGUCUUUUCUGCGGUGCGUCAGUUGGGCCAGCAUCAACCCAGGUACAGUAUCCAGGCGUCUUCUAGAAUCCACAGAUUAUCAGCAGUACAUUGAGGACGCGACUGAGAACGCGCAUCUGGAUAUUCUUGCCGAUCAACUGCUGGAGGACUUCAAAAUUUCGAGGAACGAAUCGCGCGGCAGGCCACAUGACUUCCCGAGCCUGACCGCGCUGUUCAUGCCGCCCUUCUCGUCGUGGCAAACGCGGGGUGUGGCAACAAGAAUGUGGCCCGAGAUGGCAGACGACGAGAUCAGGCGGAUCUACUGGGAGGAAUCGGUCAGCAGGCUCAAGCGCUACCUCGCAAAAGCGCCACAGGUGCCCGAGCACGAGGACGGCGCCGUCCUAGCAUGCGACGCCUCCCCUGACCAGCAAGGGCUGGACGAUGCUACCAAGGCAUUCGUCGCAGCGAGCGCGCUGAAGAAGCCUGGGAAGGGGGCGCAGCCUAGGUGCUACAUCUGCCGCCUGGAAAACCCCCAGCCGCACAAGAUAUUCGCCGCGAUGUGUGGGCCUUGUGGCGAGUUCAACCUCGCGGGCUCGAGCGCCUCUCUGCCACAACACCUCAGGCUUGAGGGCAAGACAGCGCUCGUCACUGGCGCCCGGAUCAAUCUGGGAUUCCACGUCGUGCUGCGGCUUCUGCGGUGCGGCGCCUCUGUCAUCGCAUCAACGAGAUAUCCCAGAGAUGCUGUCGCGCGAUACAAGGAGCAGCCGGACGCCGCGGACUGGAUGGAUCGUCUGAGGGUUGUCGGGGCUGAUUUUCGUACUGCCAACGACGCAUUUGGUCUGAUCCGACAGACCAAAUCUAUCCUGCAGGAAUGGGACAGCGGUCUGGACAUCUUGAUCAACAACGCUGCGCAGACCUUGACUGAUAGUGUAGGGAUGGAAGAGACGGCGGUAGCACGUGAGAAUAGCCUCAAAGGCACCUCCAUGCCUAUGCUAGCUCAGGGGAGCUACGAGGCCAGGGUCUGGCAAGGAGCAGCGGCAAGCAAUACCUUGAGAGAGGCCAGUCCCGAGGAUAAGGCUCGUGAAAAGACUGCCACGGCGCAGGUCCCUGGGAAGGAUGCAGCUUCGGAGACUCUUGGCCUCGAAAGCCUGGCUGUGAACCAGCACACCGACGAAGCGAAAGAGACCGUGACAGAUGCGAUCAUCAAACGGCCAGGGCCAUCAUCGUGGGUGCAGUCACUAUCAGAGAUCCCAUACGACGAUGUGAUAACAGCCCAUUCCAUCAACACCUUCGUGCCCCUGAUCCUGAUCCGAGAGCUCCUGCCGUCCAUGGACCACCGCAAGGGCGCAAAUACAGGGCACGUUGUCAACGUGUCCUCGCGCGAGGGCAUCUUCGAAGACAAGCCCAGGCACGGCGCCAAGGGCGGCAAACACGUCCACACGAACAUGUCCAAGGCCGGCCUGAACAUGAUAACCGAGACCGAGGCGUCUACCGCGUGGAAGAAGUACAGGGUCUGCAUGAACACGGUCGACCCGGGAUACAUGAGCGCGGCGCCCGAGUUCGAGGACGCCUACGGCGGCGAGAGGCCGCUGAGCUGGGAGGACGGCGCAGGCAGGGUCCUGUGGCCGAUUGCGAUGGCCGAGGGGGGCCGGGGGCUUGACAGGGAGAAAGGCAAGAUAGGGGCUUUCUGGGGCCGCUUCCUCAAGCACUACGGGGCUGUGCGUGUCGAUACGCGGCUGGGACGUGGCUGAGCAGGGUGCCGCUCCUCGAUGGGUUGGAGCAGGGGAAGGACAGACAGGAAG